GCCAUCUACGACCGACCCCUCGUCAAGUCGCGCGGCGCCGAGGUGUCGCUCGGCGCGUGGGCUUUCCUCUUCUCCGAGGUGGUCCAGUACACGCAGAAGCGCGUGAGCGGCAUCAGCGAGUUUGAGAAGCGGCUCAGCAUCCUCGGCUACAGGGUCGGCGCCCGCCUCCUCGAGCUCCUCCCCCUGCGCGACUACGUCUACCCGGUGUCGUCGCUGCGCUCCCCACCUCCGCCCAGCCGCACGCUCCGCCUCCUCCCGAUCCUCACCUACGUCCACUCGACCCUGUACCGGUACCUGUUCGGCCGGCCCGCCGACUCGCUCGAGCGCAGCACCGACAACAGCGACGAGUACAUGAUCGGCGACGACGACAUGGUCAUCACGAGGGGCGUCGAGGUGCCCAAGGAGAUGAGCGACCUGAGCUGCGGCGCGCUCGUCGCAGGGAUCGUCGAGGCGGUCAUGGACGGCGCGGGCUUUCCCACUCGCGUGACGGCGCACUCGGUCCCCUCGCCCGAACACCCUCGACGGACCGUCAUCCUCAUCAAGCUCGACCCGGACGUCCUCGCGCGAGAAGCAGCACUCGGU